AUGGCCGAGCUGCCCAUCCCAGAUCUGCCCCCGGCCCGCUGCAGCGGCCGCUUCACCAUCAGCACCUUCCUGGGCAUGGAGGAGGGGGGCCGGGGUCCCUACACACCCACUGAGGGGUCCAGCUGUGACAGUGUCCAGCCCACCCAGCUGUCCAGCAGCACCCUCUGCACCAGGACCUUCGGCUACAACACGGUGGAUGUGGUGCCAGCCUAUGAGCACUAUGCCAACAGCAAGGGGGUGGGCGACCCCAGGAAGGGCAGGCCCUCGCUGGCUGACCUGCACUCCAUCCUCAAGGUAAUAGGGGGCUUUGCUGUACCCAUAGCAUCUCUGGCAUCCCCUGGCCAUGCUGCUGGUCCCUGUGAAGCAUCUGUGGUGGAAGGGGAGCCAGGCAGAGACUCCGAGCCCGAACCUGUCCGCUUUGGCUGGGUGAAGGGCGUCAUGAUCCGCUGCAUGCUGAACAUUUGGGGAGUUAUCCUCUACUUGCGCUUGCCCUGGAUCACCGCCCAGGCAGGAAUCGCCCUGACGUGGCUCAUCAUCCUCAUGUCUGUGACAGUGACCACAAUAACCGGCUUGUCCAUCUCUGCCAUAUCCACCAAUGGCAAAGUGAAGUCAGGAGGCACCUACUUCCUCAUCUCGCGGAGCCUGGGGCCGGAGCUGGGCGGCUCCAUCGGGCUGAUCUUUGCCUUUGCAAACGCUGUGGCUGUGGCCAUGCACACAGUGGGCUUUGCUGAAACUGUCCGGGACCUGCUGCAGGAGCACAAUUCCCUCAUCGUGGACCCCACCAACGACAUCCGAAUCAUCGGGGUCAUCACUGUGACGGUGCUGCUGGGCAUCUCCCUGGCUGGCAUGGAAUGGGAGGCCAAGGCACAGAUACUGUUCUUCCUGGUCAUCCUGGUUUCCUUCAUUAACUACCUGGUGGGGACAGUGAUCCCAGCCACUGCUGAGAAGCAAGCAAAGGGCUUCUUCAGCUACCGAGCUGAUAUCUUUGCUCAGAACUUUGUGCCCAACUGGCGUGGACCUGAGGGCUCCUUCUUUGGCUUGUUUUCCAUUUUCUUCCCAUCUGCAACCGGCAUCCUGGCUGGGGCCAACAUUUCAGGUGACCUGAAGGAUCCUGCCGUGGCCAUCCCCAAGGGCACCUUGAUGGCCAUCUUCUGGACCACCAUGUCCUACCUGGUGCUUUCUGCUACCAUUGGUGCCUGUGUGGUCCGAGAUGCCUCAGGCAGCCUGAAUGACAGCGUGGCCGUGGGCUCACCAGGCUGUGAGGGGCUGGCCUGCAGCUUCGGCUGGAACUUCACUGCCUGUGCCCAACAGCAGAGCUGCCGGUAUGGGCUCAGCAACUACUACCAGAGCAUGAGCAUGGUGUCUGGAUUUGGCCCCCUCAUUACAGCAGGAAUCUUUGGUGCUACCCUCUCCUCAGCACUGGCCUGCCUUGUCUCAGCCCCCAAAGUCUUCCAGUGUCUCUGCAAGGACCAGCUCUAUCCUCUCAUCGGCUUCUUUGGGAAGGGCUAUGGGAGGAACAGCGAGCCCAUCCGUGGCUACAUGCUCACCUAUGUGAUUGCUGUUGGCUUUAUCCUCAUCGCCGAGCUCAAUGCCAUCGCCCCCAUCAUCUCCAACUUCUUCCUCUGCUCUUACGCCCUCAUCAACUUCAGCUGCUUCCACGCCUCCAUCACCAACUCGCCAGGCUGGCGACCAUCCUUUCGGUAUUACAGCAAGUGGGCUGCACUCUUUGGAGCUGCUGUCUCAGUGGUGAUCAUGUUCCUGCUGACCUGGUGGGCAGCCCUCAUUGCCUUCGGCAUUGUCAUCUUCCUCCUGGGAUAUGUCCUCUACAAAAAGCCGGAUGUCAACUGGGGCUCCUCCAUGCAAGCCAGCUCCUACAACAUGGCCCUCAACUACUCAGUGGGGCUGAGUGAAGUGGAUGAGCACAUCAAGAACUACAGACCGCAGUGCCUGGUGCUGACUGGCCCGCCCAACUUCCGCCCAGCACUGGUGGAUUUUGUGGGGACCUUCACCAAGAACCUCAGCCUGAUGCUCUGUGGCAACGUGCUGAUCGGCCCGUGGAAGCAGAAGAUGCCGGAGUCACGGCUGAUGGCAGACGGCCACACUAAGUGGCUAAUGAAGAGGAAGAUCAAGGCUUUCUACACAGAUGUGGUGGCUGAGGAUUUGAGAACUGGUGUCCAAAUGCUCAUCCAGGCUGCUGGCCUUGGGAAGAUGAGACCUAACAUCUUAGUGCUGGGCUACAAGAGGAACUGGCAGACGGCAUCUCCCCAGAGCCUGGAGGACUACGUGGGCAUCCUGCACGACGCGUUUGAUUUCAAGUACGGCGUGUGCUUAAUGCGGAUGAAGGAAGGGCUGAAUGUUUCCCGAGUGCUGCAGGCACAUGUGGACCCCACCACCUUGGCCAGUGAGCAGCAGGCAAGCACUAUCUUCCAGAGCAAGCAGGGCAAGAAGACCAUUGACAUUUACUGGCUCUUUGAUGAUGGAGGUCUCACGCUGCUCAUCCCCUACCUGCUGGGGCGCAAGAAGCGGUGGGGAAAGUGCAAAAUCCGGGUGUUUGUCGGCGGGCAGAUCAACAGGAUGGACGAGGAGAGGAAGGCGAUUGUCUCUCUACUGAGCAAGUUCCGCCUUGGCUUCCAUGAGGUCCACAUCCUCCCUGACAUCAACCAGAAACCCCGGCCAGAGCACAUCAAGAGAUUUGAUGAACUCAUCGCUCCCUUCAGGCUGAACGAUGGCUUCAAAGACGAGGCCACGGUGAAUGAGAUGAGACAGGGCUGUCCCUGGAAGAUUUCUGAUGAGGAGGUCGAUAAAAACAGAGCCAAGUCGCUCCGACAAGUGAGGCUGAAUGAGAUUUUGCGGGAUUACUCGCGGGAUGCAGCACUCAUAGCCAUCACUCCGCCCAUCGGCAGGAAGGGCCGCUGCCCCAGCUCCCUCUACAUGGCCUGGCUCGAGACCCUCUCUCAGGACCUGAGACCCCCCAUCAUCCUCACACGAGGAAACCAAGAGAACGUGUUGACCUUUUACUGCCAAUAAAACCUCCUGCAUUCCUGAUGA